CUGACCACAGCCAGGGGCCACAUCCCACUGCCUGCCCAGCAUCCAUCCAUGGAGGUGACCACAGUGUCCCCCCCUGCCAAUUCACCCACUGAUAGACACGAUCUAUGUGAGACAGAUGCCAGCGAUGUGGCCAUACACAGUGUGACACUGCUCAUCUGCCUCUGUGGGCUGGCUGGGAACGGGGCUGUCAUCUGGGUCCUCGGGUUCCGCAUUCAGAGGGACACCAUGAAACCCAUCACUGCCUACAACCUUGACCUGGCCAUCAUCAACUUCCUCUUUCUCAUCUUCAUGGUCCCCUCCGCUCUGCUCUUCCUGCUGGAGGAUUUCUCCUGCUCUGCCAUCAUGUCCCCAGCAUACAUUCGCUUCCUUUUCCUCCUCUUCCGGAUGUUCUACAGCGUCGGGCUGUACCGGCUGACAGCCAUCAGCAUCGAGAGGUGCAGGUCCGUGCUCUGCCCACGUGGGCUCUUCUGCCACCUUCCCCAGGACCUGUCAUGGGUGGUGGUGAGUGCCGGGCUCUGGGCCCUUUCCAUCACUGUCAUUGCUGCCAUUUCUGCAGUGACUUCCCUGUGCGAGUCACAGGAAGGCAAGCUCUGCCGGGGGGCUCUCAUCUCCCUGUACAUCCUCAACUUCCUCGUCUUUGCUCCAUCCAUGGUCAUUUCCAGCAGAAUCCUCUUCAUUCAUUUCAAGGGAAGCUCCCAGCAGCAGCGAUCCAAGAAUCUUGACAUCAUUGUCUUCCUCGCUGUGCUCCUCACUCUCCCCCUCAGUCUCUGGAAUUUCCUGCAGCAGCUCGGCUACACCGCUGUGUUCUCCCGGCUUCUUCUCCUCUUUGCCUGCAUGCACAGCAGCAUCAACCCCUUCAUCUACAUCUCAGUAACAAAGUGCUGGAGGCGCUGCUCCAUGGAGUCCCUCAGGGAGUGCCUGCAGGAGGUCUUUGAGGAGCCAGAAGAAAGCACUGCCCCCAGUAAUGAUGUCACCAGGGACACGGGGGUCUGAGCCUGUUGAGCCCUUCAACUGCCCCCAUGCAGGAGCAUGGGGCAGUGAUUUAGCAUCACCCUCCACCUUUAUUCCUGCAGGAGAAGGGAGCAGGGGCACUGACAAGGGCCAUGUGGGACAGUGCUCCGCACAGAGCACAUUGGAGCAGGGCUGUGCUCCUCCCUCAUGGGUCCUAGAGCGCUGUUCCCCAAACGGAUCCUUCCCAACAGGGCUGUGAUCCCAGAAUUCCCCCUGGCACCUGGUUCCUGCAUCCCACUGAGAUCUGAUAUCAAUAAACAGCACUGUAAACCCUGAGCCACCUUUGCCCCCUCUGCCAGCGCCUCCCAGCUUCCUCUGGCUGCUGCUGCCAGCCGGGAAUGUGGCUGGAGGGAGGGGACAGAGAGGUAGUUAGCCACAGGAAUUUUGUGAUUGUUUAGAAAUUUCAUAAUGAACUAUGUUUGAUUAGUCAAGGCAUAUUUGCCUGUGGUUUUUUAGCUGGUUUUGAUUUAGAUCUGUGUUGGCUGAGUGUCAGUAAAAAACUCUAUCGACCCAUACCCCUUAGAGAACUUACUGAAUAGAUGGACAGCAAAAUUCAAUGAAGUAUUUUUAAUGGUUAUGAUAUAACUAGAAAAUAAUUGGAUGUCAUAGAAUAGGAAUGAUAUCUUGAGAGAAUUAGGAAUUCAGAGGCCUAUACAUGCCAGAAGACUUAAUUAAUUAAUUGCAAGUGAUAAAUUGUAAUGGCAAUAAGAGAGCCAUUUCCUGGGCUUGUACACCUCAGAAAAUGUAAUCAGUGGUAACUCUCUAUCCAAGACAUCAAAUUUAAUAAAACAUUGUUUACUGGAAAACAAACUGGGUUAUGCAUUAAACUAAGAGAGACUACAUAUUCUGCUAGUAAUUAAAAGAAACAAAAUACCUAUACCUUGAUGUAAUAAACUGGGAGCAUUUUUGGGUGCAUCUAUUAAAAAAUCGUGGAUUUUGUAGUGUGAAAUUGGCCAGAUAAUACUGGCUUUCACAUUUAUGUAUUAGCCUAUGCAUGUUGUUAUUGAUGAUGAGUAUCUAGAAAUCCUAUCAAUUAUAACUCUUUUUAGCUGCAUGUUUGUCUAAUAUAAUCUAUCAGCUUAAGAAUGCACUGUAUUGCUCACAGAAUAGUAGUGUAAUGAAUAUAAUAGCUAUGUAUCACUUGUGGAAAUAAUAGUGUGAUUAAUGUACUGUGUUACAGACCUCAGCAAAACAUAAGGUGUGAAAAAGGCUUUUGUGUAACUAAAAACAGUGUAAGGCCAUCCACUCACCAACCUGUCCAAGAGAUACCCAUGACACAAACCAGAGCACUGGAGGACAUUAGAGAAUACCAUGUUAAAUUUAAGGAGGGCAUACUCAAAUCUCAUCAGAGGAUGUGAAACAGCAGCAUGGAGACACAAGAAGAAAUAAAACAUAUUGACCUGACACCCAGAAUGUCAUGCAGAUAAGCCAGAGGGUGAAAAGGAGUUCCCAAAACAUCAGAAAGUUCACAAGAAUGUUUGAAUAAUGCAUGAAACACAUGAAUAUACAUGCAUCUCAGCAAUGUAACGGUAUAAAACACACCACUCCCCCUUCCCUGUUCUUUGACUAUUGGCCAGGAGCAACCCAGCGCUGGAAAUAUGGUCCUUUUUUAUCCUAUUACUGUUAUUAUUAUUAUUAAACAUUUAAAAAACUCUA